GAUUCGAGACUUUGUAGAUUGGAUGAUGCAAGCAAGACUUUGUAGACACCUAUAUAAAAUUACCUAUUGACACACAAAUUGAAUACCCAACCCAUACCAAACUCAUCAAACUUUCCCUUACUUCUGAAAUGUUGAAAAAGAUCAAGGAUAAUGCGACUUUAUGGGGACCCUUUGUUCUUGGGAGGCCUAACAUCGAAUUUUUUUUCCCAAAUUUUUAAAAUUUUGUCCUUAGAUAAAUGCAACAAAAUAUUUUUAGUGUUGGGUCAUAACUUCUUUUUUUUUUUAAAUAGUUGGGGAACAAAAAAGAUUAUUUUUACUUUAUUUAGGAGAUAUUUUUGUGAUACUCGUAGUUUAUUUUUGGUGUCUAAAGAAAACUUCACCCCUUUUAUCAUGGUGCUUGAAGAAACCCGAAACGGACGCCAAAACAAGUUUUCAAUUUUAUUUGAGUUCGCCCAUAGAUCCGACAAAACGUAAAACAUAACUUCCUUUUAAUUUCUUUCGUCUUCCCGUUCUGCUUUCAGCCAUUAAAGACCAGUCGAAGCUCAAUCUGUGCAGCAGUGUUUAAGAAGCAAAAUUCGCAUAUAAAAAAAUCCAAAAAGGGAUACUGGUUUUACUAGAGAGCACAUGGAAAACAUGGAUGAUUCAACAUUGGCUAGAGAAUCAGACCUUAACUUUGCAGUUGAUAAUGUAGAAAAGGCUUAUCGUUAUGCUGAUGAAAAGAGCUUUGAAAGAAGGGAUUGUUUCAAUGAGGAUCUGAAACAACAUGAGCAACAGAGUCCCCCCUCAAUCCAUGCAGAUGUAGAUUUCAAAUAUGAAACUUCAGAAUCUCUUCCGGAAAAAUCUUACCCUGUCCCAACUGAAUCUGAUCAAGACAGUGCCAUUGAAACAAAAUUUGCCCAUGAGCGAGAGAGGACUGAGUCUCCAUUCGAGGACAAUAACCAUUACCAAGGUGAGAUGGAUGAGUUGCAUGGCAGUAAUUUUCUUAAUCCCUCCUCUCAAUCUAAGUCGCAAACUUUCCAUAUUGAAAUGGGAACUGAAGAUUCUGCUCAUUCACAGGAGUCUCCUCUGACAGAACGUGCAAACCAGGGAGUGGGAGAGGACGAUUCUAACAUGGGUAGGCCUACUCCUGUACCUCAUGCUGGAAGAGCGAAAAUGAUUUUUUCCGAGAGGUCACAAUAUGAAUCAGUUAAGCCUUUCAUUCAUGAAGUAGAAAGGGAAGCUAGUGAUCAAUGGAAAGAGCAAUUGUUAUCAUCUCCUAAGUUACACAGGUGGGAUAAUGAAAAUAAGAAAGAUGAGUCGCCAGGUCAGAACAAUAACCCAGGCAUCGGCAAUUCUGAUAUUCAAUCUCUCGGAAGAAUCGCCAGAGGAUCAAUAUCUCCUAGAAUAAAAAGACAAAUGUCACUUUCGCCUGAAGAUUCUCCUUCAUCAUGCGACUUGCCCAAUAACCAUGAGCAUUUGCCUUCUCAUCAAGGUUCUCAAGACCAAUCACUUGCACCAAGAUCACAUAGCCAACAUAUUUCUUCACCUGAUCAUUAUCUCCCGCCUACACAGGGCAUUCGACAAUUUUCCCACCAUAGGGAUAGUUCUGCUCUGAAGCACAUAUCUGCAUCUCCAAGGUCGCAUGGCUCACCCCCAAGGUCCCAUCGCUCAUCUCCAAGGUCCCAUCGCUCACCCCCAAGGUCCCAUCGCUCACAAUCAAAUUAUGGGAGAAGGGACAGAUUGGAGUCACGAUCACCCAUUCGGCAUAGAGAUUCUUAUGGUUACCAGAGGGCUUAUCGUGAGAGAUCUCGAUCAAGGUCCCCAUAUUCAAGAGCUCAUCAUAGAUUGACAAGGGGAAGGCAUUCUCCAAUGCAAAGGUCCCCUUCUCCAAAGAAUCAUUCUCGUCACCGAUCGCCUAGAAGGAAACCAUGGUCACCACCACCUAAUAGGAAAACUGGAUUAGGGAAACCUGGAAGAAAUUUAUUUGUUGCAGGUUUUAGCUUUUUGACUACAGAGAGAGAUCUGGAAAGGAAGUUUUCUAGGUAUGGCCGAGUACGAGAUGUUCGUAUUGUUAGAGACAAAAGGUCUGGAGAUUCACGUGGAUUCGGAUUCUUGACCUUGGAAAGGGAUGAAGAUGCCGAUGCUGCAAUCAGAGCUCUAGAUGAGACUGAGUGGAAUGGUCGGAUUAUUCUUGUGGAGAAAUCCAAAACUUGAGAGGGCAUGAAACUCACCUUUAUCACAGCUCUUUUCAGUUGGUUAAUUUUCCUUUUUGAAGUGAGUUCUGCCCAUCACAUUGUUCUUCAAAAUUUAUCACACAUCAAAUACACCUCAGAAAAAAAAAGCUUUUUUCUCUUCA